AUGAAUCCCUCAAGAGGCCGAGGGCUGGGCCAACGAAGUCCCCAUGUCCUGGUCACCGACUCGCGCGAUCAACAAACCUCCUCCCAACCCCGCCGCCGUCGCUCCCCUGCAACCCGCUUCAUUACCGUCGACAACGUCCUCCAAUACACCUCCGACGUGCCCUCCAUGCAACAAAGGUACCCGCCGCAGGGCGCCCGGGCGCGGCCACGUUCCCGCAUCGCAUCGGCGGCCGGCGGACUGAUCGGGGCUGCGGCCGGCGGAGCGAGCUCCUCCAGCGGCGGCAGCAUCGGCGCAGCCAGCGGCAGUGCCGCGGCGGCGACGAUCCGACGCCUCGCAGCCCAACCGCGGUUGCCGCCCCGCACCACGAAGGUCAGCGAGAAGCUCGUCCUGCUCCCCGAAGCGGACGGGAAGCUGCCGGAAGACGAGGAGGACGAAGGCGAGGAGGAGGAUGAGGAGGCCGUGGACGAGGAGUUCGUGCAGCGCGUCGCCAGGGACAAGAACCUGGACCCCGAGGCGGUGCGACAGACCCUGCUCGCGCAGAAGAAGAUGCGGCUGGACGGCGCGGACUUUGGCGUGGACAACGACAUCGCGCCGCUGCUGGCGGACGAGGAGCUGCUGCGCAAGCGCAAGGUCGCGCCGGAGAAGGCGAAAAGUUAUGCGGAGCGUCUGCCCAAGGCGCGCCGGGCCGAGAAGCUGGCGCGGGUGACGGCCUACUGCACUGCGCAGGCGUACAAGAUGAGCUCCUUGGCCUCGUUUGUGAAGGAGAGGCAUGGCGGCCGCACGAAGCUGUAUGAUGAUUGUUUGUACACAGCGUAUCAUCUGCCGCUGUUGCCGGGCCUGGAUGGUUACAGGCUGAGGAGUAGCCCCAUGGUGAAGAAGCCGGGCGGGAAGUCGAUCCUCGAUGAGGAGAUUGAGCGCAAUGAGCUGCGGGAUCAUCACGAGGAUUAUCUGGUGGACGCGGAGGAGCAUUCGGUUGUUGGCGGACGUCAUGAACACCGGUCGUCGCAUCAGCAGCGCAGUGAGGCGCAGCGACACGGGGAUGAGGAAGGGCACCAUCCACAACAGGAAGAACAAGAGGAGCAUCGUUCCGUGCCUGGCUCCGAGGCGCAACCCUUCAUGGGCGACGUCGACGGCGCUGGUCAUGAAGCUCCAGCAGACGCGACGGCCGUGGCGGCACCAGUAGCCGCACGUCUGCCGUAUAAUGUCGCGGAGAUGUUCGUGUUCAGCUACGGAGUAGUGGUGUUCUGGAACUUCACCGAGAAACAGGAGAAGGAUCUCCUCGCCGAUUUGGCGUUUGCAACCUCGUCCGUGACCGGGUCUCCAAUCCCGUUGGCGACCUUGCCCCUGCAGGAGGAAGAUUUUGAGACGGAGGAGUUUCAUUUCGAGUACUCGACGGAGAUUUCUCGCCCGCGCGUUUACAACGACAUGAUCACCCUUCGAAGCGGCGACCACAUGAUCAAGUUGGCCAUCAGUCAUGGCAUCGCACAAAGCACUAAGCUCUGCUUCUUCGAAGAAGUUAUGGCUCGCCAGAUGGCCGAGGCCAAGGACGUCCCCCGCCGACUCGCCAUGACAGGCAAUCUUGGCAUGAAACGAGACGAAGUGUUCCGCAUCCUGGGUAGUCUGUUCAAGAGCCGCGUAGAAGUGAACCUGUCAUCCAACGUUCUCGACGUCCCCAACUUCUUCUGGGAAAGCGAACCAACCCUAUAUCCCCUCUAUAUCGCUGUGCGCGAGUACCUCGAGAUCAAGCCUCGAAUUCAAGUUCUGAACGAGCGCUGUAAAGUCUUCCUUGACCUGGCAGAGAUUCUUUCCGACUCUAUUGCCGACAACAAAACCUCCCAUCAAACAUGGAUCAUCAUCGUACUCAUCUGCGUCUCCAUCCUCGUCACUACCUUCGAAGUUUUCCUCCGGUUCGGCCUCCUCUCCUCCCGUGAAGGAGGUGCCUCAACCAGAGCUACCACACCUAUCACCUCUCUCGCAGCCAAUAUCCUCGCCCGGGCCCUAGGCAGCGGUGGCAGCAGCAGCAGUAACCCCGCGUGCGUGUGCUCAUGUCCCGCUCAAGUGCCCGGUAACGGCUUGAUGAACACCACACCUCCAACCAUGGGAUCGCCCUAUUAG